AUGGCUGCAGAUACUGUCGCUGCUCCACAUUUGAGCUUGAAUGUGAGAUAUAAGAGAAACGUCAAAGAGAACAGCGGAGAGGAAGAGGAGAAUCAGGUGGAGAUCUUAGAGGAUGAAGAGCAUCAUGCUGAACUCAAGCCACAAAGAGCCAGACCACGGAGCCCUGUAGCCAGCAACAGAAGGAGCUUCAGAGCUACUGCAGUGACUCUGGGAGGGGUUUAUCUUCUGCUAUUGGCUGGACUCUUCAUUCGCUUCACUUUGCUGCAGACCAGAUACGACCAACUGAGCAGCAACUACAGCCAGAUCCAGAGGAAAGUUUUUGACAUAUCCAUCGAAAACAGUCAGUUGCAGAGCAGCUACGAAACACUGAGUGUAAAUCACAGUCAGUUACAGGAUGAAGUAAAGCAUCUGAAGACCAGAAUGAAAGAGAAGCUGUGUCCUGACGGAUGGACGAGAUCUGGAUGCAGUUGUUACUUUAAAUCUGAGGAGAGGAAGUAUUGGUUUGAAAGCACUUCUGACUGUAAGAAGAGAGGAGCAGAUCUGGUCGUCAUAAACAACGAAGAGGAACAGAAGUUUGUCGCUGAGCUGAGUAAGGAUGGAGAGUUCUGCAUUGGUCUAUUGCAAAGACUGAGCCAAAAAGGAUUGGAAUGGGGAUGGAUCGACAAUUCACCGCUGACAGAAACGUGA